AUGGCGAUUAAGUUAAUCGUUGGAGGGUCUACUUUGAAUAUUAUUAAUACAUAUGCAAGCAGGCCUGGACGAGGAGUAGAAGAAGAGCCUUUGGGAGGCUUUGAUUUUGGAGAUAGGAACAAAGGAGUCAUCUCACUUAUGGAGUUCGCAAGAGUCUUUGGGUUGAUGGUAGCCAAUUCGAGUUUCCCGAAGGAGGAACACUUGAUUACCUUCCGUAGUUCGGUGGCCAAGACUCAGAUAGACUCUUUGCUCUUUAGGAAGGGUGAUAAAGGUCUUUAUAAAGACUGUAAGGUUAACCUAAGUGAAAAUCUUUCGACCCAACAUAAGCUCUUCGUGAUGGGUUUGGAGAUCAAGAAGGAGAGGAAGAAGAGGGUUGUGGAUGACCGACCAAGGAUCAAAUGGGGUAGCUUUACUAUGGCCAGUGUCCCGGAGAUAGAAGAUAGGGGAGAAGUUGAUGGCUAUGGGGGCUUAGGGGAAUAG